GUGACGACUACUAAUUUUCCCAUUUCUUUAGUCUGUCUCGACAGGGUUAUAAAUAUAAGAAAAUCUUUUGCUUUUAAUAUCAUAAAAAAGAACGCUUGCAAGUCAGUAGCUACAGUACUAAACAAUUCAUCAAUAAAAAGCAAACCAGAGACCUCACCUGAUGAUGGAGGGAGGGAGAGAGAGAGAGAGAGAGAGAGGGAGUUGAGUGCUGAUUCUUCUUUUGCUGCAGAACAAUGCCACGUUAUUAACAAUAAGCACAAGAGAAGACUAAAAGCUCUUUCAGAUCUGAUCGCACAUCAUAUCCACUUUCUUCUUUUUCUUCUUCUUCUUUCUCGGUUCUUCCAUUACCACACGCAGAGAUCAAGCUUUCCCAGAACCAUCAACACUCUCAUUUCAGCUCCAACCAAGUUAUAAAAAACGGGUCAAGUAAUCCGCAACCCGAAAUGGGUCACCAGAGCCGGACUCCUCCGGUGCCACGUAAACACCACUCACCGGAUUCGAGUUCAUCGGACGGUGGAGCCGCCGCAAUCACCAGAGCGAAGAAGAGCCGCUACCCAGUAGACGACGACGACGACGACGGCGCCGGCGGUGAUUGGGUCGAGUGCUCCGGCAAGUACUGCCGGUCAUGCAGCGCCGGCAUGAUCGCCGAUUGCGUGGCGCUGUGCUGCUGCCCCUGCGCGCUGGUCAACCUGUUGACUCUGGCCUUCGUGAAAGUGCCGUGGAUGGUUGGGAGGAAGUGCUUGGGGUUAGGCGAGAACAAGAAGAAGAAGAAGGAAAACCAGAGCCAGGGGCAGAAUCGGAAAUCCAAAAAAAAGUGCAGGAGCAAGAAGAAGCAGGCUAGUAGUAGUCAUCGGCAUCAACGUUGCGCGGCGGAGGAGGAAUUGCCGGCGCAGAUAUCGUGCUACGUGUACGGUUUUGAUGAUCAGGAGGAGGAAGGGGAAGAAGGGGAGGAUUGUGUGAGUAGUGCAGAGAGGGUAUGGCUGGAAUUGUACCAGGUGGGACAUUUGGGUUUUGGGAGGGUUUCGUUUAGUGGGGGUGGAGUUCAGUCCGUGCAGGGGAAGGGCAAUUUGGGAAACAUGAAUUGAUGGAUUUGUACGUCGCAUACUUUGUGCUCCAGUUUGCUUAGUGAGAUUUAUAAUGUGUGUACCCAAUUUUUCCAAUUUGUAGUUUCCAUGUUCUUGCAGUUAAAAUAUGGAUCUGUACAGUAUUGGUGUUCCAGAGAGAGAGAGAGAGAGAUUAUGAUGAGCAGUAAGAGUAAUCUGGCAGUGGCAGAACGCAGGAUGCUGCCAAGCAAGAGGGACGCAAAGUUUUCUCAUGAAUUGCUUUUGUUGUCGACAUGAAUUUGGGUUGGGCCUGUCCGUGAAUCGUGUUUGCUUGAUGUUGAGGUAUUAAACAUGUCAUGAUGGAAUUUGAAUUGAUACAAAUUUAACGGGUUGGUUUGCUGCGCGAAGCUGGUCUAACUAAUACCGCAAAUGUCUCAGUCAUUUACAUCAGAAAUGAGUGUGGUGGAUAUGGUUCAAAAAGUGGUGUUAUCGGGUUUUAGGUCACAAAGACAAUUAGUGGAACCAGUUUCGCGGUCCAAAAUCAGAACCGGGUGCAUUGAAACCGAUGGUACCAUUCAGUCUUGAUGCCACAAUAUUCACCUGUGUAUCUCAUUGAUCAAAUGAA